AUGUCCGACAUUACCACACUCAGCGCACUCCCAGCCGGCACCCUUCUCGUUUCAUCAGCUUCCAUCGCCGGGGCUGUCAUCGCCGGGGCUGUCUACUCCGAAGAGUGGCUCUAUGCUGUCCCGUCCUCGCUUGGCAGUUCAGUCGUCACGGUAUCACAGCUUCUUUACGUGGAAGGGACCGCUGGGAGUGUAACGACAGUUUACCUGUACGAUGGUUGGGUGUACGGGUCGAGUGUUGUGACAACCACGACAACAGUGGCCGGCGUUGCGACAACGCGGACCAUCAGUGUGGGAUCUCAAGUACCCAGCAGUACAUUUGCCACCCUCACAAUCACAGUCGCAAGUGGUGGCGGCACCAAAAGCACCAGCUUAGGACUGGUGACGCUACCCGACAUCCAGACCGUGAGUACCGUCGCCACCUUGUCCAGCACCAGCAGUCGCAUGAAUCCGAGCACUGAGUUGAUUGUGGGCGGGGGCCCGCUUAGCAGUACAACUGGAUCGUCCGCCUCCCGGGCUACCACCACCAGCCUCACCACCACAUCCUCUUCAGCUGCGAACUCCGUCGUCACGGUCUAUAUAACACCCUCAUCCACCCCGGCCCCUUCCUCGUCCUCUCUUUCAGGCGGUGCGAUCGCCGGCGUCGUCAUAGGACCUGUAGCAGCUAUUGCCUUGGUCGGGGCGGGGAUAGCAUGGUUCUUGUUUGGCCGGAAACGGAGAACUGGGCCCAAAGCUCCUGCGGAAGAGGCAGGACCAGUGCAUGAGAAGGGUGACGGUCCGGUACACGAGCUUCAUGGCCGAUCUCGACCGCAUGAAGUUGGCGGGGCGCCGCUGCAUGAGUUACAGUCACAUCCUUCAGAGCUUGAGACGGACAGUUUCGGUGCUGCCGCCCGCUCGCCCGUGGAGAUGGGCUUGAAGUCGGCGCAUGGGUCGUUAAGCCAGCCGGCGGGUGGAGAUGAACUGGAUUUCUCGAGGCCGGAAACUCGUACUGAAGUGCCAACUAUGGCCCUAGCUUGGGAAACGGAGGAGCUACGAAACCGCCGAAGCGUUUGA